UCAAUUUGUGUAAUAAUGUCCUAUAAUAUUUAUUAUUUAUUAGUGGAAAUAACACAUCAUAUGUUGUGUACAGUCGCCAUCAGAUAUAUCGGAGCGGCCAAGGUGCUCAUAAAUAUCUGAACACUCCUCUAUUUUCAAGACGCUAGAGUGCAUGUCCAGAUAUUUUUGAGCACCUCGGCCGCUCCGAUAAAUCUGAUGGCGACUGUACUAAAUAAAUCUAAAUAUCGCUCAAGGUACAUACUGUCAAUUAAUCAAAUUAAAUCAUGAAUUAUAUUACCUAUGUAUAUAUACAAGGAUGCGUCAAUCGAUGUAAUCCGGAGAUAUCGGCCACAUCAGGCAAUUAACAGUACUGGUAUAUUAGAUUCACACAUUGGUUUAAGAGCCGUCAGUUGAAUAACAUGUUGCAGUUGCUAGUAGUGGCGCUCUUGGCAUCAGCUGCGGUGGCGGAAGAGGCCGAGCCCGCGGAAGCGGCGGCAAAACCGGUGCCUUUGGAGGCGAAGCCGUCUGAGAAAGCGGAGCAGACUGUGAUGAAAGACGCGGAGUCUAUACAUCGUAACCGUCAGCACCUGGACGACUAUUAUGACUAUCACGACCAUAACAACCUUCUCUACCUCAAGGCUAAGCUUGAUGGGCGUGAAAGUCAUCGUGAAGGUCCUAUCAUAGCUCGCAACCUUCCCAGUCAACACGAAAAGGGACAUGUUAACAUUGCUGAGCAAGAUGAGAUCAUCAAGUUCACAUAUAGCCCUGCGUAUUACGAACCUAUUUGGGUUCUGGACUACAGAUUCCUAAAGUCAGGUGGCAGGAGGUACACGCGGGGACCGGGAGGACAGGUCCUUAUUCUUCCGAGGAGCUACCAGCAUUACAAGGGGGAUGGCACCGGUGACUACGACCAAUUGGUCGAGUUUUGGCGCUUGAAGUUGAUUGCCGAACAAAAAAAGAGAAUGCACGAAAACGGGCUGGGUGGCCAUGGAUAUGGACAUGGACAUCAACACCACGGAUAUGGAGAAUAUGAACAUACUGACAUGGAAAGAGAACCAAUGUACCGGGAAAGAGAGAAUUUGCACCGGGAAACAGGACGUAUGCACGGAUAUCAUUAAUGUCAAACCCACUGUACUAAUCGUGUUUUUACUAUUCCGACAAAAUGAAAUGUAAUAAUUAAAACAUUAAAUCAUAAGUUUUAUUUAAGUUGAAAAUUAUAAAGUCCUCAUCUACUUCUACUUUAGGGAUUCUUAAGGGGUUCUGUAAUACUCGUAGUUGUAUUUUGCAUUGAAUGCGUGAACAAGAUACUGAAUAGUACUAUAAACGACAACCACGACGAGUAUUAUAAACCUAAAAUAAAAUUAAAAAUUAUAUAACUGUUUAAAAAUUAAACUUUUCAAACCCUAUGGGAUUUCCAUUACUCUCUAGCAUGAUUUGCGUUCUCGCGCGCGACUCCACACUUGAAGUCGAGCUAGAUGUUUGAAGUCAUGAUAGAGGGUUUGAUUUAUCGAAGUGGCCAAGGUGCUCACAAAUAUCUCAACACGCCUCUAUCCAAGUCAAGGCGCUAGAAUACGUGUUCAGAUAUUUUUGAGCAUCCGGUCCGAUAUAUCUUAUGGCGACUGUAUGAGAAUAGUCGUGCACAAUCCCAGCGGAUGACAACGAGCCGCGGUAAGUAAAACAGCAAGUAUAAUAGGUUAGAUUAGGAAAUCCAAAUUCCUGGGCGUCACCCUCGACACAUCGCUCAAAUGGGACACCCAAAUUCAAUUACUUUGCACAAAGUUAGCAGGAAUCUGUUUUGCACUAAAAAGACUGUCUAUUAUUCUUCCACAGGCCCAAGUGCGUAGCAGUUAUUUUUCCCUUUUCCAUUCUGUGCUAAACUACAGUCUCGAAUUUUGGGGAGUCGCCGCUGACUGGCGUCGCGUCUUCGUACUGCAGAAACGAGCUGUAAGAAUAAUAGCCCACGCCGCUCCCGGCACACCAGCUCGAGAACUAUUUAUAUCAUUACGAAUAAUGACCAUCGCAGUACAUUUUCAACAUCAUAAAAUUCGUACGACACAUUUCCCCACAGGGCGGGUAACCUAAGAUGUUUAAGGAAUAGGAACCGAGGUAUACUCGAAACAUCCAGAUUCAGACUAACUAAAUCUACCAAAACGACCUAUGCUAUGGGCCCAAAAAUUUAUAAUGCCAUUCCUGAACAAAUUGCCACUAUAUCAAAUGAUAAUUCAUCUUAUAAUAAAUUUUAAAAAAUGGCUAAUUGACAACGCCUUUCAUGACAUUGAUGAAAUAUUGCAAAUGUAGAACAUAGUAAAAUAUUAGAGUUUUUAAUUUGUAUCUUUAUUGAACACAUUAUGUGAAUAUUUUUAUGUUAUGACUGCACGAAAUGGAGACUAAUUACAUGUAGUCACGAUCCUCAGCAAUGACAAAACGAGAAAAAACGACGUACGACAAGAAAUCCAUUAAAAGAAAGCAAAUCCACUGUGAGUGAGGAAGCAAAUCUAUCUAACAAAUUUCAAGGAUACUUGGAGUUCUGUUUUGUUAAAGUAACAUAAGCCACAAAGUACGAUAA